AUGAGACUCCUGUUUUUGCUUGUGAUGGGAAUAAAUCUCACAUCAGCAGUGAUUCACUCUCUGAAGUAUUUCUACUCUGGAUCAUCUGGAAUCCCAAACUUCCCAGAGUUUGUGGCUGUUGGAUUAGUAGAUGAUGUUCAGAUUGUUUACUAUGACAGCAACACCGGGAAGACAGAACCUAAACAGGACUGGAUGAGCAGAGUCACAGAAGAUGAUCAAUAUUACUGGAUGAGUGAGACUGGUUCCUGUGUAUUUAAACAGAUGAGCUUCAUAGCCAACAUUGACAAUGCAAAGAAGCGCUUCAACCAAACUAGAGGUGUUCACAUUUUCCAGAAUAUGUAUGGAUGUGAGUGGGACGAUGAGACUGGAGACGUUAAAGGUUAUUAUCAGGUUGGUUACGAUGGAGAAGACUUUGUAGCUCUGGACGAAAAGAUGGAGUCAUGGAUCGCUCCAACACCACAGGCUGUCAUCACCAAACACAAGUGGGAUCAUGACAGAGGUUUGAUGCAAACGCAGAAGAACUACUUCACCCAGAUUUGUCCUGAGUGGGUGAAGAAGUAUGUGAACUAUGGGAGGAGCUCUCUGAUGAGAACAGAGCGUCCUACAGUGUCUCUCCUCCAGAAAACAUCCUCCUCUCCAGUCAGCUGCCACGCUACAGGUUUCUACCCCAACAGAGCCGAGAUGUUCUGGAGGAAGGAUGGAGAGGAGAUCCAUGAAGGUGUGGACAAAGGAGAGAUCCUCCCCAACCACGACGGGACCUUCCAGAUGACUGUUCACCUCAGACUUCCAUCAGACUCAUCUGAGGACUGGACCAAGUACGAAUGUGUGAUUCAGCUGUCUGGAGACAACAACGACAUCAUCACCAAACUGGACCGACCAUGGGUCCGGUCCAAUGAACCGAAACCAAACGACAUGAUCGUCCCCAUCGUUGUUGCUCUGGUUGUUCUCGAUGUCGUCAUCAUCACUGUGGUUGUCGGAGUCGGAGUCGCUAUUCACAAAAACAAGUUUCGUCUUCAUAAAAAGAACAACAAUAGUUCUCCAUCUCCUGACAGCCAAGACAGCAUGCAGCAAAUGCUUCCUAAAACUGAAUGAUGAACAAAAAGCUGAACCCAGUUCACGUUUGUAUUGAAGAAGAAACUUCAUCACCAUCAUGGGAGAAGAAAUAGAGUAUAUCUACCUCUGUAUUGACCUGGACAGACGAGCAGACUAAUGCUGUUCAGAAGAAGAGGCUGCUGGAGCCAUUUAUAGUGACUUUAGGUUAGGUGUUUUAGACUUAUUUAUCUCUGGUCUGUAUUUAUCCAUCUUGGGUUGUUAGUCACAUGGUGUUUCAGGAAGGUAUAUGUACAAGUGCGCUUAGUACGAGCUGAGGAAGGUGCGGAUCACACGAGUUUUACUGUAGCUGACCGC